AUGGGCGCAUGUCAAGCAACAAGAGAGGGUUUGCUGGCGUGCCCAGCGAUUUGCUUGUCGGAGAAACAGAGUGCAGCGUUGACCAGGAGCUCCUCACUACCCGUCGACAAGCGCGAAAAGACGCCAAGGCUGUUGACGGAAUUGAGCCUCUUCGCGCACGUGUGUCCGUUAUCGCUGCUAGCUCCCCCCGAUAGGUGA